AUGAAGGUGCUGAGGACAUUGGUCUUGGUGGUGUCCAUGGUGACCUCUGUGGUGGUGGGGGACACGCGUGUGGUUGGUGGCAUGGACUGUGAGCCCCAUUCGCAACCAUGGCAAGUGGCCAUCUUGGACAUGUACAAGCUCUACUGCGGUGGGGUCCUGGUGGACAAGGAGUGGGUGGUGACGGCGGCCCAUUGCACCACACCAGGGAUCACCAGUGUCCACAUGGGCAAACACAACCUCUACACACGCGAGUCAGUCACUUACCCGGACGUCUUGCAGUGCGUCAACGUCACCAUCUUCUCCACGGCCGAAUGCCACCGCUUGUACCCCGGUUCCAUCACCGAGAACAUGCUCUGCGCCGGGAGCCUCCAAGGUGGUAGGGACUCAUGUCAGGGGGACUCUGGAGGACCUCUGGUUUGCAACAAGACCCUCCAAGGCAUCGUGUCUUGGGGCAUGGAGAAGUGCGGCCAACCCAAGCGCCCUGGGGUCUACACCAAGGUCUGUAGAUACGCCCAAUGGAUCCAUAAGAUCAUGAAGGACAAUGAGAAGAUCAAGCCCAACGUGGUGCUGUGGUCGCCCCCCAUGGCCCCAGUGACCAGUGGUGGUGGUGGUUGUGGGCUUCAUGCCCAUCAAUGGGGCGGCCGCAUCCUGGGGGGCAGCUCGUGCCCGCAGGGGGGCCACGAGGGCCUCGUGCUGCUGCUGCACUUUGGCUCCGCCUACUGCGGGGGGGCGCUGCUGGGGCCCGAGUGGGUGCUGAGCGCCGCCCAUUGCGAGGCCAGCAACAUCCAGGUCCUGGCGGGUGCCCACAGCCUGGCGUCCCCCUCGGGCCAGGAGGAGUUCUCGGUGGCCGUGGCCACCGUUGUCCACCCCGGCUUCAGUGACUCCAGCUACGCCCAUGACCUGAUGCUGCUGCGCCUGGAGCCACCGUUGAGCAGCUCCAGCUCCAUCCAACCCUUUGUCCUACCUGAGGCCCCAGUGGCCACCGGGGCCAACUGCACCGUCAUGGGCUGGGGCACCACCACCAGCCCCGAGGAGACCUUCCCUGACACCGUCCAAUGUGUCAACAUCACGGUGGUCGAUGACACCGAGUGUGGCUCCAUCUACGGCUCCAAAGUGACCGAGGACAUGAUGUGCGCCGGGGCCACCACGGGGGGGAAGGACUCGUGCCAGGGUGACUCCGGGGGUCCCCUCAUCUGCGAUGGGGUCCUUCAGGGCAUUGUCUCAUGGGGCGACCACCCCUGUGGGCAGCCGGGGAAGCCGGGGGUCUACACCCGGGUCUACAACUACCUGCCCUGGAUCCUGGAGACCAUGGGGGAGGACACGGCACGGACACGGCACGGACACGCCAAGGACACGCCAGGGACGGGAGGAGGAGCCGGAGGGCAGGAUGAGGACAGGAUCAUCGGGGGGUACCCCUGUGUCCCCCAUUCCCAGCCGUGGCAGGUCUACAUCUACAGCCCCGUGCGCUGCGGUGGGAUCCUCCUCAGGGACAACUGGGUCCUCUCGGCCGCCCACUGCAACAGCAGGGGCAUCCGCCUCCGCCUGGGCGAGAACGACCUGCAGCAGCAGGAGGGGACGGAGCAGAACCGCCUGGUGGCCAAGGCCAUUCCCCACCCGUCCUUCAACCCCACCACCCUGGACAACGACCUCCUGCUCCUCAAGCUCGACCGACCCGUGGGGCUGGGCCGCGCCGUGCGGCCCCUGGCCCUGCCCCGCGCCUGCGCCCCCCCCGGCACCACCUGCCUGGUCUCGGGGUGGGGAACCGUCACCAGCCCCCAAGUGACCCUCCCGCGGCACCUGAUCUGCGCCUACGUGGACAUCCUGCCCGACGCCGCCUGCCGCCGGGCCUACCCGCAGCGCGUCACUCCCAACAUGCUUUGCGCCGGGGUGCGCAACCAGCGCAUCGACUCCUGCCAGGGUGACUCUGGGGGGCCCCUGUCCUGCAACGGGACCCUCCAGGGCAUCGUGUCCUGGGGGCUGCAGACGUGUGCCCUGCCCGGGCGCCCCGGGGUCUACACCCGCGUCUGCAACUACGUGGGAUGGAUCGAGAACACCAUGAACCGCAACUAG